UUCCCGAAGCUCUCGACGCAGAAAUUGCACAGAAUUGGUGAAUUUCAAUUACUCAUUGUGGCCGGCAAAGUGUGCUUAGUAGCCGAAAAAACCACCUAAACGGAAGCUGUGUGUGCCAGUGGCAAAACACCAAGGAGACAUCUGUAAUCCGUGUGUGCGGUGUGGUGGAAAAUCGCUGGCAAAGAAAAUGCCACAUUUGUGAUCUCGCCAAAACGCCAUUUUGUCCGACAACUGAACGCGGUUGGGAAAAGCUAAAAUCACACUUUUCACAGCCACCUUUUUCUCACUUUUCAUCGCAUCUCGUGGUGCAAGUGUGUGCGCGAAGGUGAUCGGGAAUCUCGCCUGAGAGCAGCGAUGGCGCAGCCGGUGAAUUUGCUCAUUCAGGACUCCAAUGGCCAGAAGCAGGUGAUCAAGGUGAUGCCCUCGGCCAACGGCAGGCCGCUCACGGCGGACGGUGUGAAGGCGAUUGUGAAGGAGGUGACGGGCCAGGAGGCCACGAGAGUCCUCACGGCAGCACAAACCUCCACGAGUCGCAUGGGUCAGAAGUUCUCGAUGCCACAAAAUUCCAAAUUGAUGACCAUUCCACAGACAAAGACGGACGCGAAGCAGCCGGUGCGCAUUCUCAACUUCAUGCAGUCGCCCGGGCAGACGCCGGCGGGCCACAGCCCGGCGCUGGGCGGCAAGGCAACGCACACGGUGACGACGAUGAGCGCGUCGUCGUUCUCGCCGGCCAGCAGCGGCCAUGGCACGCCGGUGGCCACAGGCGGCGUGCAGUCGCGCCGCCGCAAGUCGGACAAGCUGGGCAAAGGGCUGCGCCACUUCUCCAUGAAGGUGUGCGAGAAGGUGAAGGAGAAGAUGAUCACGACGUACAACGAGGUGGCGGACGAGCUGGUGGCGGAGGAGUUGGACAGCAGCCGCUCAGAUCCGAUGGAUCCGUCCAGCUGCGACCAGAAGAACAUCCGGCGCCGCGUGUACGACGCCCUGAAUGUGCUUAUGGCGAUGAAUAUCAUCUCGAAGGAGAAGAAGGAGAUCCGCUGGAUUGGCUUGCCGUCUAACUCCACGGCGCGCUGCACGAAUCUUGAGCUGGAGAAUCAGCAGCGUCGCAAGCGCAUCGAGACCAAGGCGCAGACACUCAAGGAACUCAUUCUCCUGCAAGUCUCUUUCAAGAGCCUCGUGGCGCGAAACAAGGAGGCAGAACAGCGAGGAUUGAUUCCCACGCCCAAUUCUGCCAUACAAUUGCCUUUUGUAGUUGUUAAUACACACAAAGAGACUCACAUCAACUGCAGCAUAUCUCACGACAAGACGGAGUACUUCUUCAAGUUUGAUGACAAAUUUGAGAUUCACGACCACGUGAAGGUCCUGAAACAGAUGGGACUCUUGCUGGGUCUGGACAAGGGCGAGAGCACAUAUGAGGACAUUGAGAAGCUCAAGACGAUGGUACCACAGCAGUUCUGGAAGUACAUUGAAUCCUACGGCAGGGGCUCGGAUGAGAGCUUGUCAGAUGACUGGGACAUGAACGAGAGCGGACGCCACAGUUCGUAUUUUUCGCCCAAGCACGAAAUUGAGGACAGUGCUGAUCUCGAGGACGACGACAUGUCUGAUCAGAGCGAUGGGAAUUAAGCUAGAGCAAGAGUAUCUAAUUGAUUUUUUUUUCUUUUUUGUCUAACGAUUCUUUUGCCCCAUUUUUUGAUUCGCGAAGCACCAGAAGAGAGAUGCGGAAGGGCAGGACUUUCGCGGAUGUUGUGAAGAGAGAUUAUAAAGAGGAACAGAGCUUGUCUGUUUGCAAUAGAAUGUAGAGAAAGAGUCUUAUUUGUCCCCGUUGCACUUCUUAGACGUUGUCCGGAGAGAGAAAGAGAGAGAGAGAGAGAGUCUUUGGACGUCUCGAGGGGGAGCAGAGAUGGUCAAUUGCCAUUCGAUAAGGAGAGUAAUUAAAUGUAAACAUUUGAGAGAAGAAAAAUUAGUGAACGAAUUGAUGUUAUAUUGGCAGAAUACAAACACACACACACAGACAUAAUGAAUUAAGGAUGGAAAAAAAAUUAAAAGUAGUCAGUACCUUAUAAACUUUAAAAUAUUUUUACUAUAAGUGAAUUGUGAAGUAGAUUUGAUGGGGAAGAAUAUUGAGCACUAUUUGAGGUAAAAUCAAUAAUACAAAAUGAGAUGGAAAAAGGCAGAAUUGUUAAACGUAAUUAUUCUUCAGUGUGCGAAGAGUACAAUAUAAUGAAUUAUUUUACCCUUCUUGAGAACACCGAUCCGAUGGGGGUGCUCUAGAGCGCGCCCCGCUGAAGCACCUUUUCCGCCCGACGCGGGCAGAAGUGAAAUAUUUUCUCAGACCUCAAGAAGAGAGAAAAAGCAUCAAGAAGAAAGAUUUUUUGUACCUUUUAAGAUAUAUUAAAUUUUAAAUGUGGAACCGUAAAAA